CAGCGCGUUGAGACCGGAGAGCCCAAGAGAACUGCUCGACUGCCCAACUAUGAAGUUCCUCAGUGUGAUAAUCCUGUGCAGCUACCUAAUCUCCGUUGUCAGUGGCCUGAGUUUCACGGUGACGUCGCGGAUCUACAUGGAUGUGAAGCACAACAAGAAGCCGGUGGGCAGGAUUACCUUUGGACUGUUCGGGAAGCUGGCUCCCAAGACGGUGGCCAAUUUCCGGCACAUCUGCCUGCGCGGCAUCAACGGAACCAGCUACGUGGGAUCGCGUUUCCAUCGCGUGGUGGACCGCUUCCUCGUCCAAGGCGGCGAUAUCCUCAAUGGCGAUGGAACUGGCUCCAUUAGCAUCUACGGGGAGUACUUCCCCGACGAGGACAAGGCUCUGGAGGUGGAGCACAAUAGACCCGGCUACCUGGGCAUGGCCAAUCGCGGUCCGGACACCAAUGGCUGCCAAUUUUAUGUUACCACAGUGGGCGCCAAGUGGCUCGACGGGAAGCACACCGUUUUUGGCAAGGUGCUGGAGGGAAUGGAAACCAUUUACGCCAUCGAGGAUGUGAAAACGGACACAGAUGACUUUCCCGUGGAGCCAGUUGUGAUCUCAAACUGCGGCGAAAUCCCCACGGAACAGUUUGAAUUCUACCCGGACGACUUCAACAUUUUGGGAUGGAUAAAAGCGGCUGGUCUGCCCGUGACCAGUUCCUUCUGCGUGCUGCUCAUCUUUCACUAUUUUUUCCGACAACUCAACAUGUAUUGCUAGGGCUAUCGUAUAAGCUUUAUUUUACUGCACAUAAGACUAAGAAGCCCACCCAUCCACCCAUUUGCUCCAAACGAAAGCCCACAAUAAAUGCAUAUACAAUUUCAA